AGCCGAGGAAUGUGGUGGCCGGGGAGGCGCCAUUUUGAGGCAGGCUGAGCAGCGGUAGGGGCAGCACCGACUCGACUCCAGGAAAGACUCUCGCUCGGCCGCCGCAGUACCGCACCUCGAAGGACAUGGAGGUGUAUAUAGAACAGACGCAGGUGCCGCAGGACGCGCUGGCCGCCGCGGCACAGCUGGAGCUCAGCGGCACGCCCCACACCCUCACCAUCCGCAGGCCCUUCAACCCCGUGGCCCACGACCUCGACGCCAAUUUCCGCCUCACGAGAUUCGCGGACCUGAAAGGAUGAGGGUGUAAGGUCCCUCAGGAGGUGCUUACGCGCCUCCUCGAGGGACUGCAGGAUGACGGGACGGGGCACGAUCACGACCACGCCGCCCACUUCAUGCACAUGCCCGUCACCCGCAUAGGUAUUGGUAUGGAUGCCAGUGUCACGCCCUUGCGUCAUGGGGGCUUAUCCCUUGUGCAGACAACAGACUUCUUCUAUCCCCUUGUUGAUGACCCCUAUAUGAUGGGUAAAAUUGCAUGUGCUAAUGUGCUGAGUGACCUGUUUGCAAUGGGUGUGACAGACUGCGACAACAUGCUAAUGCUUCUUGGUGUGUCCACCAAAAUGACAGAGAAGGAGAGAGACGUGGUUAUCCCCCUAAUGAUGAGAGGCUUCAAGGAUGCUGCUCUGGAGGCAAACACAUCCGUUACUGGUGGACAGACUGUGAUGAAUCCUUGGUGUACCAUUGGAGGUGUGGCAACGACUGUGUGUCAGCCCAACGAAUUUAUUGUGCCAGAUUGUGCAGUGGUAGGGGAUGUCCUGGUGCUAACUAAGCCUUUGGGAACACAAGUAGCGGUGAACGCCCACCAGUGGCUUGACCAGCCAGAGAGGUGGAAUCGCAUUAAGCUGGUCGUCUCGGAGGAGGAUGUGCGGAAGGCCUACCAGAGGGCAAUGGAUUCAAUGGCUCGCCUUAACAAGACUGCUGCUAGGUUAAUGCACAAGUACAAUGCUCAUGGUGCUACAGAUGUAACAGGAUUUGGAUUACUUGGCCAUGCACAGAACCUGGCAAAGAAUCAGAAGAAUGAAGUCUCCUUUGUAAUUCACAAUCUUCCAAUAAUUGCUAAGAUGGCUGCUGUGGCAAAGGCAUGUGGCAACAUGUUCCAUCUGCUACAGGGACUCAGUGCUGAAACUUCUGGAGGUCUGCUGAUAUGCCUCCCCAGAGAACAGGCAGCAGCAUACUGUAAGGACAUUGAGAAGCAGGAGGGUUACCAAGCUUGGAUCAUCGGCAUAGUUGAGAAGGGUAACCGUACAGCUCGUAUCAUUGACAAGCCACGAGUCAUUGAGGUCCCAGCUAAAGAGAAAGAUGGGGAGCUAUGGUAGAUCUUUCUCUCUCUCCCCCAGACACUUGAUCUCCUAGAGUGAGCCUUAAGGAUAAUUAUCCCUUGGGCAAAAGUGACACAUAUUUUGGAAUCUAAUUGGCGGUCACAUUUUCUUGUACAUUUAUUUUAUUUAUAGGUUAUUUGUCCUUUAUUUAUCAUGGAGAAUUUUUUUUACAGAAAUUUGUUACCUUGUGUAAUUGCCUUUACAACGACAUUCCUGAGUAGCCAAGCUUCAAUGUUAUGGUUGCAUAUGGCAGAAUCUGAGCAACUGCUCAUUGACAAAUAACUUUGCUCAAGUAUGACAAGCACACCCUUCUAUACAUUCACAUAUUACUGCACAAAUUUAACAAAGUUUACUUUGUGCUGAAUACUUUGCAGAGUAAUGGCACCGGAUGGAUAAAGCAAGAGAGGGGUCUUUAUAUGAAAGUCAUUUUUUAAAGUUUUCUAAGCGGUAAAUGACUGGAGGCUCAAGAACUCUUUCUUAUUUCAUUAGUCUAGUGCCAAGGCCUUGGAACUCAAUAAAAAACAAUUGAA